AAGUUUUUUUAUACCUGUUUCAAAAAUGACUACUGAUCAACCUUCCGUUCGUGUGCAUCCUGUUCCUGCAUGUCUUUUGGACUCCUCAAAGAAUCCUACUCCAUUUGUGGACUCCAUGGAAAAGUACAAAUCCAUGUGGACAGAAAGUGUUGAGAAUCCCGAUCAAUUCUUUGGAAACUUGGCUCGUGAAUUGAUUACUUGGUCCAAGGACUUCAAAACCGUUCGACACGGUUCUUUCGAGAAAGGCGAUGUUGCAUGGUUUUUGGAAGGAGAAUUGAAUGUUUCUUACAAUUGCGUGGACAGACAUGCUCUUGCCAAUCCAGACAAAAUAGCUAUCAUUCACGAAGGAGACGAACCCGACCAAAGUCGCAAUAUCACUUAUGCCGAAUUAUUACGGUCUGUCUGUCAAAUGGCCAACACAUUAAAGAAUUUAGGCGUUCGUAAGGGCGAUGCUGUUGCCAUUUACAUGCCUAUGAUACCCGAAGCUCUCAUUGCUAUGCUGGCUUGUACUCGUAUUGGUGCAGUUCACUCUGUUGUUUUUGCCGGUUUCUCUUCAGAUUCUCUUCGUGAUCGUGUUGUAGAUUGUUCCGCUAGAAUUGUCAUUACUUCGGAUGAAGGUCGUCGUGGCGGUAAAUCAGUAGCUACCAAGCGUAUUGUCGACGACGCUCUGCGCUCCAAUCAAACUCAAGUCGAGAACGUCAUCGUGUUCCGCCGCACUGGAUCACCCAUUGAUUGGGUUGAAGACCGUGACCUUUGGUGGCAUGAAGAAAUGGCAAAGGCCAGAACUUUCUGUCCCGCUGAGCCUAUGAAUGCUGAAGACCCGCUUUUCCUCUUGUAUACUUCUGGUUCUACUGGUACUCCCAAGGGAAUUUUGCACACCACAGGUGGCUACCUUUUGGGCGCCGCGAUGACUGUAAAAUACAUCUUUGAUUACCAUGAGGGGGAUAUCCACGCUUGUAUGGCCGAUGUAGGAUGGAUUACUGGUCACACUUACAUUCUCUACGGUCCUUUGGCCUUGGGAGGUACAACUGUUUUGUUCGAAUCAACGCCUACCUAUCCUACUCCCAGCCGUUUCUGGGAAUUGAUUGAAAAAUACAAGAUUACACAAUUUUACACCGCUCCCACUGCUAUUCGUGCUCUUCGUCGCCUUGGUGACAAGUGGGUUGAGAAGCAUGAUUUAUCUUCCCUUCGCGUGAUCGGUUCUGUAGGUGAGCCCAUCAACCCCGAAGCAUGGGAUUGGUACAACGAAAAGGUCGGCCGCGGCCAAUGCGCUGUUGUCGAUACGUACUGGCAAACGGAAACGGGCUCCAUCAUUAUCACCCCACUUCCUGGUUCGCAUUCCACAAAACCAGGAUCUGCUACUUUGCCCUUCUUUGGUAUUAAGCCUGUUAUCCUCGAUCCUACGACAGGCAAAGAGGUGACCCAAGUGCAUGAAACCGGUGUUCUUGCUAUCAGUCAACCUUGGCCAUCCAUGGCUCGUUCUGUUUACAACAAUCACACUCGCUUCUUGGAAACCUAUCUUCAACCCUACCCCGGCUACUAUUUCACCGGUGAUGGAGCUUAUCGUGACGAGGACGGUUACAUCUGGGUUCAAGGGCGUGUGGACGAUGUCAUCAAUGUCUCUGGUCAUCGUCUCUCCACUGCCGAAAUUGAAUCCGCUUUGAUCCACCAUGAGGCCGUCGCCGAAGCAGCCGUGAUUGGCGGACAUGACGAUUUGACAGGCCAAUGUAUCCAUGCUUUCGUUUCCAUCAAGCCUAAUGUAGAUGUUUCAGAAGGUUUGGAUAAGGAAUUGACACUGUUGGUGCGUAAGACCAUUGGUCCUUUCGCCACUCCUAAGCGUAUCUAUAUUGUGAAUGACCAUCCCAAGACUCGUUCUGGAAAGAUUAUGCGUCGUAUCUUGAGAAAGAUCGUGAACGGUGAACAUGAAUCCCUCGGUGAUAUCUCUACAUUGGCCGAUCAAUCUGUUGUUCCUGCUCUGAUUCAGCUUGUUCAUGGUUAAAGUGGGAAAGCUAUAGAUAAUUUAACAAUACUAUUCCUACUCUACAUCCUUCUCAACACCCUAAAAUCAUAGGAUUCCUUCCUCUCUUCCUUAUGUCAUCCAUACCGCCCAUACGCUAAACAUUUACUUUUUAUAUUAUUGCUACCUUUGUACAUUCUUACAGUCCUGAUUACCCUCAUCUAUCAAUAAACCAUCUCACACACUCUGUCAUUCAAUGAAAAUGAUGAUGUGUUUUGCCUCUUUUUAAAAAAAAA